UUACCAUAGAGCGGUGCGGCCCGCGCGGGCCGCACCAUAGAGGCGCGCGGGGCGGUGGGGGGGGGGUAGAGUGUCCCCGCCGGUAACACCGGCGAGCCGGCCCGUGCGGGCCGCGCCGCCACCAUAGAGGAGCCGGGGCAGGAGCGGCGGCGGCGGCGGCUGGAGGGGCCGGGGGCGGGAGCCAUGACGUCAGCGUCCACCAAGGUCGGCGAGAUCUUCUCGGCCGCCGGCGCCGCCUUCACCAAGCUGGGGGAGCUGACGAUGCAGCUGCACCCCGUGUCUGACUCCUCCCCGGCCGGGGCCAAGUGGACGGAGACGGAGAUCGAGAUGCUCCGGGCCUCGGUGAAGCGCUUCUGCGAGGACCUGAACCGCAUCAGCGCCCUCAUCAAGGACCGCACGGUGGCGCAGAUCAAGGCGACGGCGAAGCGCAAGGCCUACGAGGACAGCGGGGUGCCGCUGCCCGCCGACUCGCCCAAGAAGGGGCCCCGCAAAAGCGGGGGCCCCCCCGCCGCCCCCCCCGCCGCCCCCGCCCCGGGGGGGGCCCUGCCCGACCCCCCCGGCCCCCCCUUGAAGAAGCAGAAGAUUUCAGACGUCACCCUGAGCGCCCUCAACGACUCGGACGCCAACAGCGACCUCGUGGACAUCGAGGGGCUCGGCGAGACCCCCCCCGCCAAGAAGCUCAACUUCGACCAGGACAGCCUGAACCUCGACUCGGGGCUGCUCAUCACCUCCGGAGACCUGCCCCUGCUGUCCCGCUGACCCCCCCGGACCCCCCCGCAACCCCCCCGGGGCCCCCAAUCGCCCUGGGGACCCCCAGAGUGCCCCUGCUGUCCCGCUGACCCCCCCGGACCCCCCCGCGACCCCCCCGGGGCCCCCAAUCGCCCUGGGGACCCCCAGAGUGCCCCUGCUGUCCCGCUGACCCCCCCGGACCCCCCCGCGACCCCCCCGGGGCCCCCAAUCGCCCUGGGGACCCCCAGAGUGCCCCUGCUGUCCCGCUGACCCCCCCGCGACCCCCCCGCGACCCCCCCGGGGCCCCCAGUUGCCCUGGGGACCCCCAGAGUGCCCUUACUGUCCCACUGACCCCCCCGGGACCCCCCCAGGGCCCCCCAAUCACCCUGGGACCCCCCAGGACCCCCCAGGGCCACCCUGGGGACCCCCAGAGCCUCCAGUGACCCCCAGACCCCCCCCCGCUCUCCCCUGACCCCCAGCCCCCCCCGAGAUGUCCCCUCGUGUCCCCUCAGACCCUCCUGGCACCACUGGGUGUCCCCAGCCCUGUCCCUGGUCACCCCAUGUCCCGUCCCCCCCCCAGCCCCCUCCCGGACUCCUGGGCCCCCCCCAGACCCUCCCUGGUCUCACGUGGGGGGACAGGAGAGGGGACCUCUGCGUGUCCCCUGUCGUGUGUCCCCUGUCCCCCGUGUCCCCCCCGUGUCCCCCCCCCAGGUUUACUCAGCUCAAUAAAAGGUCCGGGGCCCCCCCGGCGUUUCGGUGGCA